CUGACCCAGCUAUUGUUUUUAGUAUCGUUCGCAUUAUGGUGUGAAACAUAUCGUCGUUACAUCCAAAUAUAUAGACUUUAUUUGUUCCGCCAGUGAUGUUAUUAGCCUAUAUUUAUAUAAAAUAUAUCUGGAGCUGCUAGUGUUCUAUAUGUGACUGGUUGUGAAAUUGCGUUGAUGCUGUUCCAAUUAUAGACUGGAUUUUGUGCGCGUGAGAUAUUCUGAAUACCGGUGUCUGAUGACCUGGUGUUUAGUGACAGUGCCGGACAAGUUCAAUGAGUUUAGUGUCAACAUUUGAGUAAGAAAUAAUAUAACACCAGUAUUGAGAUUUAAAACUCAAAUAAAGGAAUGGAUGGUGGAUAAUGCAGGAACCUUUUUCAACAGCUUAACGAAUAAUAUUUUAUAAAUCGUAUAGUGCAGUGUAGUGAGAAUAGACCCUGGUUAAGCUCCUAAUGAGCGUUAACGAGAUGACGACCGAGGAGGAGCUCCAUAACAUAACCUUCGACGAUGAUCCAUUUGGUGAAGACUACGCCAUCACAGAAGAUAUGUGGUACUACCUGCGCUACUAUAUAGAAAUCAGCGUCAUCAUCAGACUGAUCCUCUCUCUUUUCGUUAUAGGGGCAGUCAUCUUCUUAAUAGUAGUACUUUUGCGAUUCAAAAGGUUGAAGAUCAGGACAAACCAUUAUAUCUUGAAUAUGUUUUUCCUUUACUUAUCUCUUUAUUUAGUGCCGUUGAUUUAUAUACUUUUUCAUUUUAUGUUUUCUUUGAACUCAAGCGGUAUACAUUUGCUUCAAACUAUCAUCACAGCUGUGACUUUGUACAUAACAUUAGCUUUUAUGCUCGGAUUAGAUUGGUUUGUCUUUGCUUGGAAGCCUCACCUGGAAAGCACCUACAAUAAGUAUUUUAAGUAUGUCUUAUUAGGAACAUACUCAGUUUUUGGGUUAGAAUGGGCGGUUGCAUUCUGUUACGAUAGACUUGAACAUAUUAUUUUAAUACGUCCGCUGUUCUUUACUAUAGUUUACCUGAUAUAUGCUGUGACACUGAUAGUACUUAACGUUCUUAAGAGGAGGAUAUCAUUAGCGGCUUCAUCAAAGAAAACACAGUAUGCACUAACUGUUUCAAAUAUUACGAUAUUUAGUUUUCUUCCACUGUUGAUAUUCCAUGCUUUUAGUGCAUUGACGGGUGGUAGUCUCAUCUUUUACUUUUUCAUGGCCCUCCUAGAACCAUUUUUGUCAAUUAUAGCAAUAAGUCAUCCGAUAUAUAUUGUGUACAGGUUAGGGAGGGAUGACAAGUACUUCAAGAUGGCUUAUAAUAAAUCAUUCAAGAGGUCAGUCAGAAACUACAAUGAUGAUGACUUAGAUGUAUCCGUUGAUGAUGAUAGCAGCAAAGUGCAGGUUAAUUUUAAUAACGAAACUCGGAUACAUAUAAACAAGUAAUGAUUUAUGUAACUAAUAAACUUAUCCCGAAGGAAUGCUUCCUGACUAUUACUACGAUGCCACUAUUCUGGUCGAGUGCUGUUACUAACUUGCACUGACAUUUAAAUCAAUAGCUGUAGCGAGUAGUUUCAUAUGCGGCGAGGUAGUUAAAUAAGCAUUGGUCCUUUAGGAUGUUUAUGUUUCUGGCAAUGUAACAUAUUCCUUCCUAAUGAUUGUCACAAUAGUUGUAGCCUAUAUAAGUAUUGUGUUGAAUAUAUGUUGACAAAUGCGGACAAUCCAAUAUUGUAAAUAAAUUACAACCACACGUUAAUGCAGAAUGUCAUCUGUUUGGAGUGAGUUGAAUAAAUAACAUACAAAUCA